AUGUUUUUGGCUAACGAUGGUAAUUAUCGUGAAAUGAGAUAUUUCACUGCCUGGUCGCCAGCUCGUUACGUUGAGGAUUAUUAUCUUCCAAGAAUUAUUAAGAAUAUUACAGGACAAACUGUAGUUCCUAUUGGUGAUGCGGUAAUCUCUACUAUUGACACUUGUAUUGGAGUGGAAUUAUGUGAAGAGCUUUUUACACCUAAUAGUCCUCAUAUUAGUAUGGGCUUGGAUGGUGUAGAAAUUUUCACUAAUAGUAGUGGUAGUCAUCAUGAAUUACGUAAACUUCACAGACGCAUUGAUGUAAUUAAAGAAGCAAUGAUGAAGGUUUACAUUUCUUAUAAGAGUGGAGGAGUUUACCUCUAUUCUAAUCAGCAAGGUUGUGAUGGCGAUCGAUUAUAUUAUGACGGUUGUGCAUUAAUUGCAAUCAAUGGUCAAAUAAUUGCCCAAGGAUCACAAUUUUCCCUUAAUAAUGUGGAAGUUAUCACUGCAACCAUCGAUAUAGAUGAUGUUCGUUCACACCGUAGAAUGAGUAGUAGGGCAAUGCAGGCCGUUAAUGCGAGCCCAUACCGACGCAUUGAGGCGCCUAUUGCUUUGUCUUCUGAAGAAAAAAAUUUUAACUCACACUUUUCUCCUACAAAACCUAUCAAUGAGCAUUAUAAUACGCCGGAACAAGAGAUUGCAUUAGUAUUAAAGUUCGAACAAUUGUUUAGUUUUGGACCAGCUUGUUGGCUUUGGGAUUAUCUCCGUCGAUCAAAGACUAGCGGUUAUUUUUUGCCUCUUAGUGGAGGGGUGGAUAGUUGCGCUACAGCAGUUAUUGUACAUUCUAUGUGCCGCCUUGUUGCUGAAGCUGCAUCGAAUGGAGAUACUCAAGUAAUUAUGGAUGCGAGGAAGAUUGUUGGCGAAAAAGAAGAUUCAGACUACAUUCCCACAGAUCCUAAAGAAUUCGCAAA